UCGCUGAAAUUCGCUAAAAGAUGGCGACGCGCACUUAAUUUUUUGUUUUUUCCCACAUAAUAAAGUGCAGAAAAAUCAAAAUAAAAGAAACUCCAGAGAAACAAUCGUAGACCGUUUAAAAAGUUAAGAGUUAAGCGUCAACUGAAACGCUUUGCCAGGGCCCUGAACUUAUCGCGAGUGGAGUGAAACUAAUACAAACAUUGACAUGUCGCUGGCCCGAAGAGAGCAACAAGUGUGUGAAAAUCGAAUUGUGGCUGUUUAAAAUGUUUGGAGGAGCAGACAUAGCUUCUGGCGGCAGAUAGAGCCCCAUAAUCGGUUCCAAAAACUCAGAUAUUAUAAAGGAGCCUUAGGAAAUCGCCCCAAGAAGCCAAGCAGUAGCGUCUGCACACGUAACCUUGUGUGCGCGUAGCACGGAAGCUGUUUGUCGGAAUCGGGUUUGUAGUUGAGUUGGUACCGGUCGUGUGCCAUUUCCAGGACGUCGGGUACGUCAACGAAGAGGAUGGAUACCUCAACCGCAGCAGGAUCUGGAGCCGAAACGGGCGACGUUUGUCCGUGCUCAACGGUAGCCGCUUCCACCGCCUCCGCAUCCAACGAACAGCCUCAGACCAAGCGCCAGAAAAUUGAGCAGCAAAUCAAGGUGGGGUCUAAAGCACUGCCGCCUCAGCCACCGGACAUACUAGACCUUGAUGCCAACAGCAACAGUCACCUGUGCUCCUCGCUGUCCUCGUCCUCCUCACACUCGUUAUCCACGCCAAGCAGCGCCAACAAUUCGCCCACCACCACGCCCUGUAGCUCGCGGGCGGCGUCCUACGCCCAGUUGCUGCACAAUAUCUUGCCACAAAAUGGGGACACUGACCCACACCGCCAACCAGGAUCCGCCCAGGACGAGGUAGACCGGGCGGCUAAAUUGCCCGACCUGUUGACUCUAAGCACGGCCAACAGUAAUAGCAGCCACCUCAGCAGCAGAAGUAACUGCAUCCCAACGACAGCAACGGCAACCAUCGACGACAUGCUGGAGUUCGAGCAGUCUCUAACACGACAGUGCCUAUGUGGGGUCUCGGAACGAACGCUGCGCAAGCCCUUCCAGUCCCAUUACUCACAGGACACCAAUGGCCAGAAGCGAAUAGCCUACCUGCGGGAGUGGCCCACCAACAAGCUGCUGCAGUUUCUAUCCAAUCUGCAGUUGCUUUUCGACAUCUACCUGAAGCAGAACGCCAAGGGCUUUAUCUGCACGCGAAUAAUGGACGUCUGCGACGCUCUAAUACGUAAUGACCACAAGCUUAUUGACGAGAUAAUUGUGCUGGCUGGCUACGACAACUCUUACGUGCAAUUCUUGGCGGGACGCGUGCUAGCUGCAUUCCUGGUGAUUGCCAAGCAGGAGCUGAAUGACGAGUGGCUGCAGAAGAUCGUUGAUCAGUUGUUCAAUUUCGAGCAGCUCGACCAGACGGCCGUGCAAAAGAUCCACUUUAGCCUGGACAUUAUAAAGCGUAUCGUUGAGUGGAAAGAUAUGGAGAUUCAUCCGCUCGACGACGACUGGAUGGCAGCGACAAAUAGUGCAAGCGCCUCCGCAUCAGUUGUGCCUCUAUCGACGGAGGCGUCCGUGAGUUACAUGCACUUCCCCGUGCAAGAACAGCCGCUGGCUACCAAUUACUUCGCGCUGCAAUUUCGAGAGGAUGCGGAGGGCGAUCGAGAUACGGAGCGAGAAUCGCCGACAACCGUGCCGCAUCGGCGGCACUUCAGUGAGGAAAUGAACGUAUCCUAUGAACCACAUUCUGCUCCGCAAUCCACAACCAUGCCCAGUGGUUGCCAUGUGGUCACUCUCACCGACUCGGAGAGUUUUGACACUACUCACCUAAAGUGCAUUACUAUACAAAAGUUGGAGCAUAAAUGGCCGACGCUGGUAAAGAACAUGUCGGAACUUAUGGCACCAACCCACCAGGAUGCCGCCGAGCACUGUGUACUAAAUUUUCUUCAACUGUGGGAGAACAUCAUCUCGGUCAAAGCAAAUCUGUCCAUUGAUGAAACACGUCCCUACUACGCCCAACUGGACAAGUUCGAACUGCUACUUAGCCACCGACUCUCCUGCACCGUGUACAAGCAAAUGUUGUGCCUCUUUAACGAGGCGCUGUGCUAUGGAUCCACGCUGGCGCUGCAGGACAUGCUGCCCGAGGAGACGUGCAAACUGGCGCACCAAAUAGUCUGCCACGUGCGGGGCUUCCGAAUCCUGGAGUCUCUGCCGCGGCGUCAGCCGGACAACAUGGUCAGUCUGAUCGGUUAUAAUGGUAGGCCGCUGGUGUAUGCCAACGGAACAAUAACCCUGGCACAUGGGACGCAGGCAGGGGAUGCCGGCCAGGAUGGUGGAGUAGGCGGGACUCCACUUGACUUAAUUGAAAUGGAUAAAACGCUACUGCAGAAGAUGGUUUUGUUGGUGCUCAAGUCGAUUGCGGUAACUGUGAAGGAAAUUCGCAGCGAUUCCUCCGACUCCUCCAUCGAUUCCAGCGACUAUGAUGCCUUCCAAGACAUGAUGCUUAUAGAGCGUUCGAUCCGCGAUGUGCUAAGCAAAUUGGAGACGUUUAUUAAGCAGACUCUGGAGUUCCAUCCGGAGUGUCACUUCAGCAAAAUCCUGAUACACCUUUUCGACGACCAGGACGACCAUCUGAUCGAGGCCAUGGUUUGCACGCUGGACGUUACGUCAGGCAUUUCGUUCCGCAACAAUGCCUUCCCCGAACUGGUGGCUAUGCUGAAUCCUGUCUACACAUUCCUGGAAUUCCUCAAGAUGACUUCGAAUAGCUCGGACCUCCUGUUGGACCUGUUGGUGAGCAACGAGACCUGCUUCCUGCUCUAUCUGCUGCGCCUGCUCAAGUACAUCCGCAUGAACUGGACGAUGUUCGUACAUAGCUGUCACACUUUCGGCAUGGGAAGCGCCAUGCUGGACGAGGCAAUGGGCGUGCUCAUACGCCUGCGCCUUCAAAUUUCCCGCCUGGUGUCACGCCAGCUCUAUCCCUACGACAUUUCACCGGUGCUUCGCCUGCUGGAGAGCUGCGAAAGCCUCUACGAGGGAAAUGAACUGAGCUGAAUGCGGGGCAAGCCCGAACUUCCAACCACAUGCAAUUAAAAUACGUAAUUUAUUUUAAUAUUUAAUGGAAUAGGAGAAACUAGCGCAAAAUUCGAUGAAGAAGAUGGCCUUGUAGAAUACGUGUAUUAGCCGUAGGUACCGCUCCGACCAUAUCUCCGCACCCCGAUCCAGUAGCGCGUUAAUCGUAGUUAAGUUCUUGCACCCUUUCAUUCGCUUCGCAGGUCUUUCAACCUAGAUACAUAACUGUAUGUAAUUGUCAUUGUAAUGAGCAUCACAAGUUCGUAGUUAGUUCGUAGAUAAUGGUAAUAUUAUAGGUACUGAAUUCCAAACUAAACACUACGCUAGCCUAAGAUUUUUUUAAUCUUGCCGUAAGUAGAAUAAUGUACAAUAGGAUGGCAAACGUUGGCUCAUUCUCCGCGGAAAGUGACCAUAAAUUCGGUGUCUUCGAGAAGAAUAUUCUUUGUACGUUUUUUAAAACAUUUGAAUAAUAUAACUUAAUUAACUGAUUAAAAGAAACGCAUUAAGAAGAA